CUUCCCUGUUUGUUGUGGAUUAUUAUUGGCAGCAAAAAUUGAUAAACCUUUUCUUAACAGAUUUUUCAUGUUGCGUUUAAGAUGCACUUUCGAUGAGAACUUUCUUCUUUUUUUACUCGACGAAGAUGGAGGAAAAUAAAGCGUGCAUAGAGAGAAAGGAGAGAUCUUCCAAAAAUGACCCAGGGUGGUGAAAAUCUCAUUUUAUUUUUGUUGAUGCGAACCAAAAAUCUUUUGCCAAAUUACACCGGUCACGCAUAGUUUCAUUUUUUAGGGUAUUUUGUUCUUUUUUCCCCUGUUGUGAUGGGAAAAUGUUUGUCGGUUCAGCAAUCAUUGGCUCUACUUACCAAAAGAAACUCGCAUCUCUUUCUGAUCGACUGAUUAUUUUGGCUACACGCACCGCACUUUUAUCUUUGCUAGGAAUCUACGUGGCCUUGGCGUUCAGCCGUUGUUGACAAAACGUAUCCCAUUAGACGACAAAACACCCUGCCUUCAGACUGUUAUAUCAAGAACACACAUGGCGCCAUAUUGCCAUCAAUUAAUGGAGCAGGGACUCAUUAACAUAUUUGUUAUAUCGAAAACCAUCUAAUCUCGCAGAACACUAUGUUUGACGUCACUGCUAUUUUCCAGAGAACGUCAAAGAAGAUAAAAAGCAGGAUCCACCCUCAGUUGUGCUGUAUUACGUCAUUCCAACACUCGUGACGCUGGCCGAUAUAACCCAUUAUAUUUUAUUUUAAGACGCUCUCUCUCCGAUGAUCCACUACCUUUGGCGGUGUAGCUGGACCAACAGAAAAAAAGAAAUGAUGAUGGAUAAAAGGACCUCAUGCACAAAUAUAAAAAGAGGACGGCAAUCAGCCCGACUCUCGAAUGAAAACACACACAAAAAAAUGAGUAGAUAAUAGAAGAUUAACCAGGUCACAUUCAUUAUAAAUCAAAAAGAUGAUGCUGCGGUAAAUCUACGUGAUGGACUACAUUUUUCUUCCCCUCCCCCCCGUGCGUGUGUCUACGUGUUGGUCGAGGCUAUAUCCUUCAGCAAUAGAUAAGAAAUGCAUCCAGCGUAACCAACGAUAUAGCCCUUUCUUGCUCGUUCUACUUUUUUUUUUUCUGGCGGAGGUGCUCAGCAUCAGAAUGUUCUCGGCAGAAGAGGAAAAAAAAAAACGUUGGUGUCAUGCUUGAGCAGGUGGCUCUCCAUCAAAUAAAGCAUCGACUGAACGGACCAAGACAGAAUUGAAGAAAUCCGUUCUAAAUGAUGCCCGACUCGGCUGCUGUGACUGAACGGAAAUUUUCUAUCGGUUUAAGCGUUCGUUUUUUUUGGGAGGGGGAGGGGGAAACAGUUAUGGCCAAGAGCGAUGGAUGAAAAAGAGGGUCAUUUAAUCUUGGGAAAAAAAGAGAGAGAUAUAAAAAAGUAUAGGAAGAUGAAAAUCAGCAUCCAAGCGGAAUCUUGAUGUAAGAAACUUUCGCUAAACGCUGAUGGAGGAGAAAUCUCUUCAAGUAUGAAAUAAACGUCACAACUUUCUGUGACAUAUAUUUCAACUUAUCUAAAUAUAUGCCUACAUAUAAAACUACUCAUUUAUUGGCAAAUGUUCGUUCAGUUUCACUUAUUGGUUUACAAGAAACUCUCGCGGGCCUCUUUAAGUUUUUCUUGGGGUAGAAAAAGAUUUGCGAUGGUUCAUUUCAUUUGGAAGAAAUUCAAAAGAAAAUCUUGGCCACGAAAGAGGUUGAACGACAUUUCCAGGGAGACUUGUUCGCUUUUGUUUUGUUUUUUCCAGGCGGCCUUUCCCAUGGGCUCCGUCGAUUGUUGUUCAACAGGUAUAUACACAGCACCAAACUAUCAGGGAGAAUGGCAAGUGUGAAUCGUGAAACUAACCUGAAAUGAUUAGAGAGAGUAUAAUUACAUCAUUCAGUCGUUUAAAAUUUCGAGUCACGAACAGAGUGAUAGCGAAUUCAAUAACGUGCAUCGCUUGGCUUUGAUUGUUGCACCGGUGCACAAAUCAAAUACAACUGAGCACCGAUUGUCUUGUAUAAAACAUCAAAAAAAGGGAAAGAAAUGAAUCCCAUCCAAGCAUUAAACCUCCUCGCCAGCACUCAAGCGACUGUCAAACAUGUGCAACGAUGUCUAUAACCCCUGUUGUACAAAAGCUCUUGCCGAUUGCAUUGAACAAUCUGAAAAACGAAAAAUUGCGUUUCGUUUCGAAAGAAUAGAAGCCUCAAAAUCUAACAGUUCUAUCGCACUUAACCAUUGUUGAGCAUUUAAUAUUUUUCACUUAACGGACCAACUCUCUGCUUAUAAUCCCGUUUCAAAUGGAAUACCCCAAUCUAACCGCACACACUUUGUUCUUGUCUAUCGGAUAUUUCCCUUUUCUUAUUGAUAUGGGAUUUAGCGUUUGCCUCUCUCUUUCUUUUGGCACAAGUCUCGUCCGUUAUAUCCGUUUUCAGCACGGAAUUCUAAUAAACGCAAGUUCUCUUUCUAUCAAGCAAAAUGUAUACGUUUAUAGCAAUAGAGCCUUUCGGUCAAACGCAUCCGCUUUUCAACGUGUCGUGCAUUAACGGCAUAAUCAUUGGGCCAAACGACGAGGCCGAGGACUUCAUCUCAACUAAUUGUGGAUUCGAUUGUUCAUUAACCAAAGAGGAGGCCAUUAAAGUUAUCAGUUCGCUAUUGUUCGUCUAUGUAAUUGUCCAACUAAUAGAGCCUCAUCCUUCCGGCAUUUCAAAACGGACACAGUCUGGCACCACAAGAUGACCAUCAGCAGCUCCAUUUAUACAUCCACUGUUUCCUUUUCUAUACAGUACAUUCUCUCCAUCCUAACUGUUUCUUUCUUUCUUUCUUAUUCAUAGAGCAGCACUAUGGGCCUUGUGUCGUCACUAUACACAACAGAGUGUAUAGACACCGUACCCGUUAGGUAUGGCAUAGUGGAAGCUAUUGCUCUUAGGGCACUGUCUUCAGGCUCAACACACACCUGUUGUUUCGAACUGCCAGAGCAGAAUGAGAGAGUUUUCGUGUAAAAAAGCCCAACGGCCGGCCGACUGCGAUGGUUAUAUUGUUUGAUGCUCUAUACGUAUAUUUCCACCUGGUGUGUGUCUGCUUUAUCUCUCCUCCCUUUCAAACCUUCUUCUCCUCCUCAUUUUCCUGCCAAUACUAUAUAAGAGAACGGCGUUCCAGUCAGUGUCCCAGUCACUCGUUCACCAACCACCGAGCGCCAUUGUUGUGUACUCGAAAUCAUUUCCAAUAACUGGAAGCAGCUUUCUAUUUUGCCUGUCUCACGUCGCUCUUCAAAGGACAAACAUUUUAACUGUGACUUGAUUAUUGAGUUGGAACACGCCCAAUCGUGACACACACACGCUGCAAGAACGAGAUAAGAUUACACAGUGCGCAUAGAUAAUUAAAAACAACAAGAAAACCAAACAAAAAACGAUCGGGAAAGUGAAACAAACUGCAGACAAGUCCACAUCGUUAUUCACAACUCGCAUCAUUUAAUUUAAAAAAAACGUUAAAGAAAAAAACAUUCGUGAUGACAAAAUUCAAGUGCGCCGAGUACACGAGUUCGGCCGGCCAUCAAAAUCUCAAGUUCCAGUCGUCGGUCACGACUGGAACAGGCGAAUCAAACAAACGACACCAGAGGGAGGAGGAUUCGUCUAGCAGCGUCAGCAGUGCCGGUCAUUUAGAUUUCUAUUAUUUCGCUAACCGGGGCUGCGUGAAUCAGAAAUCGUCUGACGAGGUGAGCACGUUGGACAGCGGAUUAUCGUCCGACACGGAAGGGUUCACUCCGCCGCCGCUGCCGCGUCGUGUCAACAAGAAGGCGGUGGCUGAAUUGCUGGACGAUUCGCAGUCGGACGUCAGCGCCGAUUCCUUGGCGCUCCACGACGACGCCCAAACCGAUUUGACGUCGUUGGCCAGCAGCAUCGAAGUCAGCCCAGCCACGGCUCGUAAAACAGCCAAAGCUCUGCCCAGUAAUCUUUUGACGGAGAUCCGCACCAAAGCGGUGAAACUGCAUCAUUAUCAACAGCCGCAGUCGGUCAAAGAACUGGGCAAAGUCUUGGAUACGCAACUGAAAUUGCAACGCAGCAAGAGCUCGUCCGUUCCGCCGUCGCGAUCACGCAGCCUCGUUUUGCCGAUCCCGCAACCGUUGGCGGCAGCACCGUCGUCCUUCGAUCCGGCCGACGCUUAUUAUCAACGAUUCCACAUGUGCGAAUACGUCGACAUCGGCAGCGCUAAAAACAACAACAACAACAACAACAACAACAGCCAACAGCAUCCGGAAUCGCCCGUCGAUGACCUCAGUUUCGUCGGUCUCAAAGAUAUUUUGAACGUCGAGAAGAGCGGCCAAACGAUCCGCAGCCAUAAGAGCGGCACAGUGCGCGGAGUGCGGAACCGCGUCCGCGCCGGAAUUACCACCUUCCUUCAGGGCAAGACUUUUAAGAGCUACGCUGAACGUGAACACGGCAAAGUGGUGGUGUACACGACGUCGAUGGGCGUCGUCAGGCAAACGUACCAGCGUUGUUUGCAGGUGCAACGCAUUUUAGGCACGUUGCUCAUCAACUACGAAGAGAGGGACGUCUCCAUGAAUCGGCAAGUGCAACAGGAGCUCAAGGAGCGAAUGAAUCGCAAUCGUAUCAUCAUCCCGCAAGUCUUUGUCGAGGGACAACUACUGGGCGAUGCCGACGCUAUUGAGAAGUUGAACGAAACGGGAGACUUGAGACAAAUUCUACGCCGUUACAAGCGCGUCGGACCGGAAACCAUCUGUGAUUCGUGCGGCGGUUACCGCUAUUUGCCGUGCUCCGUCUGUUCGGGUUCUAAGAAAUCCAUCCACCGCAACCACUUUACCGCCGAGUUUGCAGCUCUCAAGUGCAUCACCUGCAAUGAAGCGGGUCUCAUCCGUUGCGUCGCUUGUUCAUCCACUUCAUCACCUGCUUGAUUGAAAUCUACUUUGCGCGUCACCCAUCAAAACCAACGGAAAUCUACACAGACAACAACAACAAACCGGAAAUCUCUUGAACGCACUUCAGUUCUUCCUUUAUGCCGUUUUUUUUUUUUAUUUUUUUAAAUUAGCGAUUAACUUUUUUUAUUUCUUGGAUCUUUGAAAUAAUUCCCUCAUCACAGCACAUUAAUCUUACGUUUUUUUUAAGAAAAUAAUUUCGGUGGUUUUCUUGCAAUUGAAUUUCAACAGUGUAACAUCUUAGAGAUUGAGACUAAAAUUAGACCUAUAAAUGUCCUUUUUUCCCCUUUCUAUACAACAUCGAAUGCGAAACAGCGUAUACAAGAAAAGCAACAAAGAGACAUGUAGAAAGUACAUUUCGAUAUAUACAACUCCAUUCUCCAAUCAUUUAUUUGUGUGUGUGUGUGUGUGUGUACAUGAUCUGUGAUAUGUCGAAUGAAUGUUGAACCUUUCUUUCCCCAAUAAUAAAAGCCGAAGGAAGAGCCGAGAAUGAACAUAGAAAUAUAACAUUUAAACAGUUUUUAUACACUGUCAAAAGGCAAACAGAAAACAAAUAUACUGUAUACUAAACAA